UUGAUCAAAGAUAUAAUGUAUUUCCAACAGAUGCUGGUCUAUUUGUUCUAUGCUGUGCCCCUGAUGAGCCUCCUCCUCUAUGGUCUGAUAAGACCAGGCUGCAGCUGGAUGCUAGACUGGACUCUCGUCUUUGCUGGAGCCACCGCCCAGGCCCAGUGGUGCCACAUCGGCGCAUCUCUACACUCCCGCACCCCCUUCACAUACCGAGUCCCAGCAGACAAAUUGUGGACCGUUAUCACCUUCAAUGUACUGCUUGCUGUCGUGCCCUCUCUGCUGGCUCUGCGCUGCCACUACAGUCCCGCUUAUUUCAUGAAACCCGUUCCCAAAGGACAGAGCAAUAGCAAAAAGAAGAAAAACUAGACCGCGCAAAAGUCAAGGCUUCUCCAGGUAUACAUUCUGUCAAGAUGACUGCCUCACGAAAAAAACUACUUGUUGCGACACCCAACAUGUUCUAGCCCCAUACCUGGAGGAAAGUCGCAAUCAUGUUGCUGCGAGUGGCCCAGUGCAGCACUCCCUUGUCUGGACUGUUGGACCUUGAUACGAAGGUCCUUAAUGGGGGUGAGGACUGUGAUCAGCAAGCACAGCUUUCGGGUGACUCAUGCAACACAUCCACUUCCUGUCUCUCCUCAUCUUCAUCUUCAGCAGUUGAGUGAAUUAAAUAACACCACCAUUUUAAUUCCAGGAUCUAAGGUAUCAAAACAAUUGUGAACAAAACAGAACCGAAUUGAAUUCAAAGCGAAAGUGUACAGGAAGGUUCAAGUUAAAAAGAUCAUGCCACAAAUGCAAGAAAUGACAUACUAUUGCAAAUUUUAAUAUUGAAAAAUAAAGGUGAUGAUUAUUAUGAAAUACAA